AUGGCCGACAAUUGUCAAAUGAAGUUAAGAAGUCUAAUAUUUUUUGUUUUUCUUAUUUUCCGGGGAAAUUAAUUAAAUAGAGCUCUAUUUCAGCAAUGAGAACAUUCCACGAAACGCUCCUUGUGUGUAAUGAUUCUAUUGGAUGCUAAAUUUCUUCAACACAAUGACGGAAGCAGCAAUGGUAGAUAGCAGUACAGAGAUCAAGUGUUCUUUAAACGAUGAUGAAGCUCUCGGAGUUAAAGAAGAAACCGAAGUGAUCGUCAAGCAAGAGUUGGUCGAGUGUCUCAUUUGCCUGGGACGCAGUGGCAACUACUGCGAGCUGAGCACGACCACGACUGCCGGCGGAACUUCGCUGCAACAUUUCCUUAGUCAAUUUACUAACGCGGGCCUGAGCAAGUCUCCGAGCGCCUCCAAAUAUGUUUGCAAAACGUGCCUAAACCUAGUUAACGUAUUGGAACAAGCCGAAUUAGAGUACAAUAAAGUUAGAGAGGAGUUUCAUAAUGUAAUAAGCAAGAACCCACUGUUUGCAACGGAUACGCAAGUCACUCUAGAAGUAGUUAAAAAUGAGGAUUUAGAAGUGUUUAUUAAUAAUGAAUGUGAUAAUGACUCUGAGGAUGAGCCACUUGCACUCACUAAGAAAAAGCGUCACCGUAAAGUUGAAAAGAGAAAAAAGAAGCCUGCGACUGAGAGUAAACGCAAAAUGCGACAUAAAAUAGUUGCUGACAGUGCUUGGGAGUGCUCCGAGUGUGAAAUGGGUAGUGACUGUGGUGGAGAAGCAGCCCUCACAGCACACAUGCUGGUGGCCCAUCUGAACUUACAAAAAGUAAAGAAGGAGGAGUCUCCUGAUAGGUCCCAAAGUCCCUCUUUGAACUGUCUAGACAAUAUGUUUAAAAUGGAAGCAGAUACAUUUGUUGACGAUGAUGAGGAUGAUGAUGAUAACAGCUCCAGCUAUGUCCCCGAGGAGAUCAGCAAUGGGAAACAGAGUAAAACAUCCCAUUUGCUCAUCAGAUCCAAGAAGAAAAGCUUUAAAAAUAUUGGUGUGAAGAAGAAAAAGGACCCUAAAGUAAUGCACCAGUGCGACCAGUGUAAUGCUAGAUACACAUCAAUGGUGCGCCUGGAGCAGCACAAGGCGAAGCACGACGACUCCAAGCCGCCCUACAUCUGCGAGGUGUGCGGCGCGCACUACAAGCACAAGCGGGCCUGCGACAUCCACGUGGCGCUGCACAAAGGUAUAAGCGAUUGGAAGUGUGAAGAGUGCAACAAGUUGUUCCCCUCCAAGGGAGCUCUGCAGAGGCACAAUAAUAUACAUACGGGGAAACUCAACUAUCAGUGCGACCUGUGCGGCAAGUCGUUCAUCCACACGUCGUCGUUCAAGAUGCACAAGCUGUCGCACUCGGGCGUGAAGCCGCACGCGUGCGACGUGUGCGGGCUGGCGCUCAUGACGCGCUCGCACCUCAAGCGCCACAAGCGCGUGCACUCGGGCGAGAAGCGCCACGAGUGCGGCGUGUGCGGCAAGCGCUUCAGCGAGCGCUACAACCUGGUGGCGCACGCGCGCGCGCACGGCGCCGACAGCGCGCCCGCGCCGCCGCGCCGCCGCCUGUUCCGCUGCGCCUUCUGCCCCGAGCGCUUCGAGCGCCGCCACCUGCUGGAGCGCCACGCCGCCGCCGCGCACGGCCGCGCGCUCGAGCGCCCGCCGCCCACGCCGCGCAACACCAUGAGCAAGCUGCUCAAGGCGCAGGCCUGCCGCGCCGAGCCCGCCAAGCCGCGCGCCAAGCUGCCGGCGGCGCCGGCGGGCGAGGGCGCGGCGGGCGCGGAGGGCGCGGCGGGCGCGGUGGCGGCCAUCACGUGGGCGGGCGCGUACGCCGCCGAGUUCGGGCUGCGGCCCGACUACCCGCACUGACCCCGCGGCCCCCCGGCGCGCGGCGUCGCACGUUACGCUUGCGGCUGACUUUUCACUCCCGAAAUAAUCUUCGACUGAGGACCAUUUGGCAGUUUCGGACAGUUGCCGCCUAAUUUAUUCUUUAGUCAGCUUAUUAUCUUACGCCUGAAAAAUCACCCAUCAGUUCUUUAAAUAAAAAAGUUGUUGAGCAAAAGGAGCUUCGUGGGAAUGAGAAGCGAAGGAAUGCAUUUGUACUAAGUCUUAGUUAUUCCGCGCCUAAAAUACAAUGUUGUAUGGCUCGUCUCAUAAUGUUUACCCGGAUUCUCUUGUGUCGUUCCCGAGUAUCGAAACACCUACCUUCUGCUGAAAGUGUUGCUUAACAUCUUCGUUACAUCAAAUUGGUCACAUUUCUACAGCUGGUUGAUACAAAAAUAAAUAUCAGGACUUAGUAUUUAAUGUAUCACUUUAAAAAGAGGCCCAUUAAGCUCCUUUUAGUUUUGACUCCUUUAAAACUACAAUGGUGAGUGUAGAAAUGUCGAAUGACUGGGUACUGAGCGAAAAUUGUGAAAGAUAUUUAUACGUAUUUUUUAAUUGUGCAAUACUUGUUUAUUUUACUCCAUUAGAGAGUCCGCCACCAAACUAACUAUAUACCAGCGGAAGCUGUUUCGUGGCGGAGGUAACAUUCUUAACUAAUCAAUUAUACUACACUUUUUUGUUGCGUUCAAAUGAGUUGUUCGUUAUUAAAUCACUCGUUGUAUCUUUACUUCUUACAAUAGUUAUAGCACAUUGCGGCGGGAACGGACAUUUAAAACGCAGAGUUAAUGUGAAUUGAAUGUUUGUUAUAUUUAUAUUCAGAUGUCACUAAACAACAACCAUAAGACUACGUGACGCAAUGCAAAUGCAAGCGUUGAAUCGCGAUUCUAAAGUAUGUUUCUGCCUUAACAAGUGUGUGCCAUGAAAGUUGAAAAGCGGUUGUGGCUAAUAUGACUUCUCAUGUCCUGCGCACCGCCUAUAACCCGUUCUAAUUGAUGACUGCAUAUUUUCAAAUUUCGUGGACACAUAGCCGCGACCUUAGUGUAAGUAUUCAAGUGCACAAACGUGACCGCGGCGUUUCGAUAUAUAAUCUGUCCAAUUCGUGUAGGUAUUUUUUCCACAUAAAAGGUAAUAGGACUUCAACAGCACACAUUUUUUUUGUCAACAAUUUCUGAAAUAGCAACUGUAACAGCGCGGGGGUGAGUUUAGAUUUGCUUGCAGCAGCUCUGCAUGCUCACUAUAUGUGUAGUCUUGGUGAAUACGAGAGCGAGUCAAAUUCCACCUUAAAACCAUACUUAACAACCUAUAACACACUCAAUACAUUUAUGUCUACACUGACUGUGCGCCAGGUUAAAGCUUAGGUGCAGACGCUGCUGGCACCAAAUUAUGAAAUGAUCCGCACCGUCCGCUGCAGUCGGGCGGCAACCACAAUUUUUGUUUCGUGGUCAAGCAUUUCAGUAGCAAAGGAUAUUCUAUUCUUUUCUAAAUGUUCCAAAACCAGUCAGAAUAGAAUACAAGUCUCGAGUCAUCGAGACAAAACUAAAUUAGCACCUACCAACGCGACGUAGGACUCCAUCGCACCUGUGGCACAAAAUGAUACCUACAGCGUUACAAAUUAUAACACACAACAGAAUGAGGCAUAAGUAUACAGAACAGUCAUUUGGGGAAUAAUUACCAAAAAUGGGUGCGAUGCGGAGAAGUGUGUAGUACCCCACUGCACGUGACGCGCGCGGUAGGCGGCCGGCUCGUUUUUGCUUGCACGCCGGUACCCUAGUGUGAAGAACACAUACACAUUACACAUAUGGUACAAGCACUAGUUAGGUUAGGUUUUUUUUUUUUUUUAUACUCUUGCAUUACAAGAGACUUUGAUUUUCCAUUAUAUUUCUUUUUAUAUUCUUUUUUAUUAUUUUUUUAAAUAUUUCUUACUAAUAUACUAAACAUACAGACUAGAAAUGAUAUCCAACUAAUAUAUGUGUAAUAAUAAACGGGGAUAACUUCUCCUAUUCCAUAUUCCGGUGCUUUAGCAGGUGGACACGAUAAAAAUUAUAUCCCCUUAUUCCCUGUCGGAAACAUAAACAUAGAAACAAACAUACAAGGGAAGCUAAUAUAAAGCGUGUAAAAAAAACAGAUUAACGCUAUAGUUCAUGUUACGUUGGUGUACUUGCAAACUUACAUUGCGCUCGGCUUACAACCACGGCCUUAGAUGAAUACUGUACAUAAUAGUAAUAAGAGAUAUGUUAGCCGACUAUACUAGUUGAGUACAUUAUCACAAUGUAACAUAGACAAAUAAGAUAUUUUAUUUCACUUUACAUUGGUUUUACAGUUUAAAAAGUAGCUAGGAUAAUAUUUUUCUACUCGCUUAGAAGAUGGUGCACACACUACUGUCUGAAAUUAAUGAGUUCAGGCAUACUACAAAGGUUCUAUGAACCUAUUAAGCAAAUAUGUGGAGGCCUCAACUCCCUCGCUUGGCGGAUACGUGAACUGGAAUCAGAACAGGAGAAAUCAUACUUGAAAUACCAGCCUAUUGCCCUAAUUCUAGGUACCUACUGGUUGAUAGUUAGUCAAUGAAUUCAUUUUUCUGUUUAAUACAUACAAGUUACAUAAGUUAGUAUUACUACAAAUGAGUUAUGGGAUUAUUCAAUAGUUUUGUACAGCAAAUUGUUAUCAUGUAACUACAGUUGUGUAAUUUUAGUGAAACUUCAACAAUGAUAAAUAUUGUAUACACGGCUGUGACGUAAGCAUCGUGCGGCAAAAACAGCACAGCUGUGCUGGCAAUGGAGCGCAUGUGACUCCUUUUUGUAUCCUAAAGAGCGGCACACACCGGGACAGUACGGCGGCAUUUUAUCUUCACCCAAUGUAAAUUGAUGCGUACUAGGAACAUUUACAUUGAAAUCUGCAUGCUGUAACCCAGUGGUAAACUUUUCUUUUACGCUAGAACACAGCACAACUUGGGACUCGAUUAUCCGUCUCGAACUUUUUAUCAUGGCCCUAGUGUAAGAUCAGUAAAACGUGACACCGGCGUUCGUUUACAUCUGUAAUUUAGUAUGGCUGGCCUAAUGUCGAGGUUUGACAACUCCAUAGGACAGAUUAACGUAACUUCGGCGUCACGUUUGGUGACAAACACUCGUCGCCUGCGUCCCAACAAGUGUAUGCUGAUGAUAAGCUGUAGCAGCCUCAGAAAUUGAAUGACGUAAUUCUCGGUAGAUUUCUUAUUUGUUCGGCAUGGUCGAUGUAGGUACUGAUUUGUUGACGUCAUGCGAGUUUUUCUUUAAGUGCUUGUGUUUUGUAAAAACGAUUGCAGCUAAAUAUUUUGACAUAAUAAACUAUGUUCUGAACUUGCGACUGGAUCUGUAGCCCACAAUAUCUUUAAUCGUGUACCAUAUUAUUACGUAACUGAUAUAAUAAUAAAAUUGAUAUAAUUAUA